AAGUACAUAGAAGACAAAAGUGAACCGAUUGCGACACCAUUUUUCAGAGGACAAAAACCCCUUCUCUCCAAAGUCCAAAUCUUUCCGCCGCCGCCGCCGGCCGUCGACCGUGAAAUUGAUAUGCAAUAGAUAUUGAUAUGAGUAGAGAAGAGAUUGUUAAUACGAUGACUGUUAGAGCAAAACCAGCAGCAGGAUUAGCUAUAGCUACUAUUGUAAAGAAUAAUGGUCACCAUCGCGAUAUUGAUGAAGAAGGAGAGUCGAGGCUUGAACCAAAUGUCGGGUUAGAGUUCGAUUCAGCCGAAGAUGCACAAGAGUUUUACAAUCUCUAUGCUACGAAAAUUGGAUUUAGGAUUCGAAUUGGUCAGCUCUAUCGUUCCCGGAUUGAUGGGUCUGUUGUUUCCCGGAGAUUUGUUUGUUCCAAAGAGGGGUUUCAGACUACUUCAAGAACGGGAUGUCCAGCUUUCAUAAGAGUGCAAAGGCUUGAUUCUGGGAAAUGGGUACUUGCUAAUAUUAAGAAGGAACACAAUCAUGAGCUUGAACAGCCAGGUGAGAUUUGCCCAUCUCGAAUUCAAAGAAAAAUUGUUACCCCUACCCCUACCCCAACCCCGAAAUCGAAAUCAGCUUCUGUUUUAUCAACUAGGACUGGACUUAGAUCACUUGAUGAGGAUGGCCCAUCUGGGAUUCUCGAUUUUAAGCGUCUUAAAAGGGAGAAAAUUAAUGGAGAAACUAGAAGUGAACCGUAUAAGGGGUUGGAGUUUGUUUCUGCUGGUGAAGCGUAUGAGUUUUAUCAUACUCAUGCUGCUAAUACUGGGUUUAAAGUUAGGAUUGGUCAGCUGUUUCGUUCGAAGAAUGAUGGGUCGAUUACCUCGCGGAGAUUUGUUUGCUCUAAAGAAGGGCAUCAGCAUCCGUCGAGAGUAGGGUGUGGAGCUUUCAUGAGGAUACAGAGACAAGAAUCAGGAAGGUGGUUGGUUGAUCGUUUUCAAAAUGAACAUAACCAUGAGCUUGGAGCUCCCAUUGAUGCUAGUGAGAGAGUGUCAUCAAAAGGAUUCAAAGAAGAAUUAAGCCAUGGGUUGGAGAAUAUGGAUUUAGUUGAAUCAAAUGGAGGGUUUAGCCUUGUUACAAGGUCCAGGGAGAGUAAAAUUGGAAGUGAUUGGUAUAAUGAGCUUUUUGACUAUUUUCAGGCUCGGCAGGCAGAAGAUAUGGGAUUUUUCUAUGCAGUGGAAAUGCAUAAGGGUAGAGCCAUGAGUGUAUUAUGGGCUGACUCUCGGUCUAGAUUCUCUUGCACUCAGUUUGGGGAUGCAAUUGUUUUCGACUCAACCUAUAGAAGGGGUAGUUACUCAGUGCCACUUGCUUCGUUCAUUGGUGUUAAUCACCACAGGCAACCAGUACUUCUUGGCUGUGCCUUAAUUGCUGAAGAGUCUGAAGAGUCAUUUACUUGGUUGUUCCAAGCUUGGCUUCGGGCAAUGUCAGGGCGUCGUCCUAUCUCCAUAGUUGCUGAUCAAGACUGGGUCAUUCAACAUUCAAUUGCUCAAGUUUUCCCCGGAACACAUCAUCGGUUUUCUGCAUGGCAAGUUGUGGCUAAGGAGCAGGAAAACAUUGGUGCAUUGCUCUCGAUGAAUCCUGAAUUUAAGUAUGAAUAUGAAACUUGCAUUUUCCAGAGCCAGACAGCUAAUGAGUUUGAAGCAGCAUGGAAUGUGCUUAUUAACAAGUAUAAUAUGAGAGAGAACACAUGGUUAAAGGAUAUGUAUAGGAUGCGUAAGAGUUGGGUGCCAUUAUACAUUAAAGGCACAUUCUUUGCUGGCAUUCCAACGGACGGAAGCUUGAAGUCAUAUUUUGGCACAAUAUUGACAUCUCAAGCACCACUUAGUGAAUUUCUUAUACGGUACGAAAAAGCCCUUGAACAACGUCGUGAAGAGGAAAGAAAAGAGGAUUUUAACUCAUUCAAUUUGCAAGCAGUUCUGCACACAAAGGACCCUAUAGAGGACCAGUGUAGAAGGCUUUACACUAUUACGACGUUCAAAGUGUUCCAGAAAGAGCUUUUGGAGUGCUAUAGUUAUGUUGGAAUUAAGAUAAAUGUUGAAGGUGCCAUUAGUAGGUAUCUGGUGCAGAAGUGUGGGAAUGGAGAUGAGAGGAAUACAGUUGCCUUCAAUGCCUCCAAUAUUAACAUCAGUUGCAGUUGUAAAAUGUUUGAGUUUGAAGGUGUGCUGUGUAGACAUGCCUUGAAAGUUUUUCAGAUAAUGAACAUAAGGGAGCUUCCAUCUCGCUAUAUCCUACAUCGUUGGACAAAGGAUGCAAAAUAUGGUAUACUACGUGAUGUCGAUUCAGGGGGUGCUUCUCAAGAUCAUAAGGCAUUGAUGUCGUGGAGCUUAAGAGAAGAAGCAAAGAAUUACAUUGAGGCAGGAACAGCAUCUUUAGAAAGAUAUAAACUUGCGUUUGAGAUCAUGCAGGAGGGUAGAAGAAAUCUUUGUUGGCAAAACUAGGGAAGUACGGGGUUUAACAAACAUAGAUAAGAGAACAUUGAAGCCAGUGUCAAAGUUUGAUGAUCAACCCCGUGUGAUGCUGUGGCAGUCUGUUGUACCAACAAUUUUGGUAAUUCCAGAGCUUACAAGACUUGCUGCAUAUUUUGGAUCAAGUCAGAGUAUUUUGCCAAAUGAUAAUUCGAGGAUUGAUGCUACCAAAUAGUGAUCCUCCUCCUGAAGCAAACAAACCAUCAUAUGACUAAUUUUCUUUCUCAAUCACAAUCACAAACUGCAACUGUAAAUUAAAAAUGUUGCUACAAAUGAUACUCUCCAGGGCUUCUUAGUAAAAACUGGACAAUUUGUGGUACUGAAAGAAAGCUCGACCAAAACGGACAGUUGGAAAAUCCAUCAUCAACCUCUGGAAAAUGGAUCCUGCAGUGAUCAUGUGGUGCAUUUGGAAAGAAAGAGACCAAUGCUAUUCUGAUGGAUCUGUUUUUCUUGGAGCAGACUAUCUAAUGUAAAUAGUAUCGACUCGCGUUUGGAUUUUGUAAGCUCCUUAAAUUUUUUAUAGGAGCCAUUUGAAAUUGUACAGGAGCUGUUGUUUUUGUAAUCUAUUUGCAUCCUCUGGAUGCUGGAUGAGUGAAAUCUACUCUUUACUUUAUCAAAAAA